AUGCCGCCCAGGUCCAAGGACGCCCUGGAGGUUCAGCCUCGUUCGGGGUCCGGUCGCUCCCCUAGUCGCUCCCCCAAACCCAAGAAUCGCAAGAAGGCGCCUGCCAGCAGCUCGAAUUAUGCAUCAGACGGUGUGACGGACAACAAUAUCUUCAAUCUGCCCUCCUCCGACUUCAAGACCCUUGUUUUGGUGACCCUGAUUGCCGCGGCGGUUCGUUUGUUCCGAAUCUACCAGCCGUCGAGCGUGGUGUUUGAUGAAGUCCACUUCGGUGGCUUCGCGACGAAAUACAUCAAGGGCCGGUUUUUCAUGGACGUUCACCCUCCUCUUGCCAAGCUUCUUAUUACACUAGCCGGCUGGCUGGCCGGUUUUGAUGGCAAUUUCGACUUCAAGGACAUCGGCAAGGAUUACCUCGAGCCCAAUGUCCCUUAUGUUGCGAUGCGCAUGCUUCCGGCUGUUUUGGGUAUCCUGACGGUUCCGCUCAUGUUCUUGACCCUGAAGGCCUCGGGAUGUCGCACUCUGGCCGCUGUGCUGGGAGCCGGCGUGGUGAUCUUUGAAAACGGAUUGAUCACUCAAUCCCGCCUGAUUCUUUUGGAUUCGCCGCUGGUCUUUUUCACUGCGCUCACGGCUCUGGCCUUCACAAGUUUCACCAACCAACACGAGCUGGGACCGUCCCAUGCCUUCCGUGCGCCCUGGUGGUUCUGGCUGGCUGCGACUGGUCUCUCGCUGGGUGCCACCCUCAGUGUGAAGUGGGUUGGUUUGUUUACCGUCGCCUGGGUUGGCUCUCUGACCAUCCUCCAAUUGUGGGUGCUUCUGGGCGACUCCAAGACCGUUACCUCACGCAUCUGGUUCAAACACUUCUUCGCUCGCGUCUUUUGUCUUAUCAUUAUUCCGCUGGGCUUCUACUGCGGAAUGUUCGCCAUCCAUUUCCUCUGCUUGGUCAACCCGGGAGAAGGUGACGGGUUCAUGUCUUCCGAAUUCCAGGCCACAUUGAACUCGAAGUCGAUGGUGGACGUCCCCGCCGACGUGGUAUUUGGCUCGCGCGUCAGCAUCCGUCACUACAACACUCAGGGUGGCUACCUUCACUCCCACAACCACAUGUAUCCCACUGGAAGUAAGCAGCAGCAGAUCACUCUCUAUCCUCACAAGGAUGAGAACAACAUUUUUGUCCUCGAAAACCAGACCCAGCCCCUGGGUCCCCACGGCGAAGUGGAGGGUCCUUUUGCUUGGGAUAACAUCACUACGGAUCACAUCGAAGACGGCGCCGUUAUCCGGCUGAACCAUUUGAUUACGCGCAGACGUAUUCACUCCCAUGACGAACGGCCUCCUGUGACCGACGUUGACUGGCAAUUCGAGGUCUCUGCUUACGGCUACGAUGGCUUUGCUGGUGAUGCGAAUGACUUCUUCCGUGUGGAAAUUGUCAAGUCUAUGUCCGAGAGCGAAGAGUCGAAGAAGCGCCUUCGAACCAUCCAAUCGAAGUUCCGCUUGGUCCACGUCAUGACUGGCUGCGUCUUGUUCUCCCAUAAGGUGAAGCUCCCGGAUUGGGGAUUCGAUCAACAGGAAGUUACUUGUGCCAGGGGAGGUACUCUGCCUAACAGUAUCUGGUACAUUGAAGCCAAUACCCAUCCCAUGUUGCCUGAAGACGCCGAGAAGGUCAACUACCGCAAUCCCGGGUUCCUUGGUAAAUUCUGGGAACUUCAGAAGGUGAUGUGGAAGACCAACGCCGGCUUGACUGAGUCCCAUGCUUGGGAUUCGCGUCCCCCUUCGUGGCCCACGAUGCUUCGCGGUAUCAACUUCUGGGGUAAAGACCACCGCCAGGUCUACCUACUCGGAAAUCCCUUCAUUUGGUGGUCCUCGACCGUGGCGAUUGGCAUCUACAUCUUGUUCAAGGGUGUUUCCAUUCUCCGCUGGCAGCGAAGCUGCGGUGACUAUCGCAACGUCAACUUCAAGCGAUUUGACUACGAAAUCGGCAGCAGCGUACUGGGAUGGGCCUUCCACUACUUCCCGUUCUACCUCAUGGCUCGUCAACUGUUCCUCCAUCAUUACUUCCCGGCCCUUUACUUUGCCCUCAUCGCUCUCUGCCAGGAAUUUGACUUCCUCACGGGCCGUAUCCAGCGUCUUGGCCUCCCGUCUCGACCGGUCAUCGGCAAGGCCUUGGCUGGUAUCUUCCUCGCAGCGAGCAUCUUCGCCUUCACUCUCUACUCUCCUCUAGUCUAUGGCAACCCCUGGACGCAGGAUGCCUGCCGAAAGGUCAAGCUCCUGAAUUCAUGGGAUUUCGACUGCAACACUUUCCAUACCGACCUUGGCCAAUACGUGACCGAGUUCCUACACCGAGGCUCCGCCGUUCCGACCACCUCGCAAGCCGUAUUGCCUCACGAGCAACUUCAGGUGCCCGUCGCGCAACCCCCGCAGGAGAAGCAGGAAGUUAAGGAAGAAGUUCAGCAAGGUGAGGGCGAAGCAGAUGCUCAAGAAGCUCAAGAAGCCAAUGUCACUGCAGAACCUGAGAAGCCUCGUUCCAAGGCCCGUGUGGAAUACCGCGACCAGGAAGGAAACGUGUUGGACGAAAACAUGGUCGCUUCGCUAGCAAAGGAAGGCAAGGUCUCGUUCGAGACCCGCCAUGAAACCCGGACUCGCCUGGCCAAUGGUCACGAGAUGGACAUGGUUGACGGUCAAGUCGCUCCGCCCCAUCCGGAUGUUGAGGGCCAAAAUCCCGAAACCCAGGGCAAGCCGGAAGCGCAAGCUGAAGAGAGCCCUGCUUCGGCCGCCGGCGAGGGCGGCUCGGUCGAGGAGCAAAACUCCCCCGAGCCGAAGCCUGCCAGCGAGGGUCAAGAUGCUACCCAAUCUAAGAAUUAG